UCACAUGCUUUUUAUGAAGAGUUGAUCACAAUGUAACGGCAUGGGAGAUGUGGUCCCUAGCCUUGAAGACAUUUAAUCUGGUGCCAAUACAAGGGAGUGAGUGAGAAUUCAAAAUACCUCAUGAUUCAGGCACCUUUAGAAGAAACAUUAUUGAAGAUCACUAAAGAAAACUACAGCAACAUUUUUUAAAAGAAUUACACAUGGCCAACAAACAAAACCUACUCGGUGUCACCAAUAUCAGCAUCAAGGAAAUGCAAAUCACAACCACAAUGAGAGAAACUGAACCCAUGUCCUGAAGACAGAACCUGAACUACAAAUCCCAGGAUUCAUUAUCAAGCACGGGACUUGCUUCUGCACAAAGGUCUCAAGUCCAUCAUUCCUGCCGGGAACUGGAGGACGCCGUCCAUUCUUUGCUGUAAAGUCACGUGAUGGGGCGGCUGGACGGAAAAAUCAUCAUCCUGACAGCUGCAGCGCAAGGGAUCGGCCUGGCAGCUGCCCUGGCUUUUGCAAGAGAAGGUGCCAAAGUCAUAGCCACAGAUAUUAAUGAGUCCAAACUCCAGGAACUGGAAAAGUACCCAGGUAUUCAAACUCGUGUUCUGGAUGUCACAAAGAAGAAACAAAUUGAUCAGUUUGCCAAUGAAAUUGAGAGAAUUGAUGUUCUCUUUAAUGUUGCUGGUUUUGUCCAUCAUGGAACUAUCUUGGACUGUGAGGAGACAGACUGGGACUUCUCAAUGAAUCUCAACGUUCGCAGCAUGUACCUGAUGAUCAAGGCGUUCCUCCCCAAAAUGCUUGCUCAGAAGUCUGGCAACAUUAUCAACAUGUCCUCGGUGGCUUCCAGCAUCAAAGGAGUUGUGAACAGGUGUGUGUACAGCACAACCAAGGCAGCAGUGAUUGGUCUCACCAAGGCUGUGGCUGCAGACUUCAUCCAGCAAGGAAUCAGGUGCAACUGUGUGUGCCCAGGAACGGUUGAUACGCCAUCACUGCAAGAAAGAAUUCAAGCCAGAGAGAACCCUGAAGAGGCUCUGCAUGAUUUCCUGAAGAGGCAAAAGACGGGAAGAUUUGCAACUGCAGAAGAAAUAGCCCUGCUCUGCGUCUAUUUGGCUUCUGAUGAAUCUGCCUAUGUCACAGGUAACCCUGUCGUCAUCGAUGGAGGUUGGAGCCUGUGACUUCAGAGCUCCCUGCGGGGGAGGCAGGAGCUUCUUACACACAGUGAGCUCGGCUAUGAAGAACACACACAGAUCAGCUCUCUCCUGUUAACGACAUGAGAAUCAAAAUAAGCCCUUUUUAAUAUUUUUUUCUAACAGUCUGAUGCUUUCAAUAUAUUAAUCUCUUUCUAAUCCUUUCUGAAAUCAAUGUAAAUUGAGAAAGUAAAAAAAUAUUGAGCACAU